AUGCCUUCCCUAGAAUCAAAUUUUCUCCAGGAACAUGGCAAGCCUCAGUACACGAAUGUGAUAUAUUCAUUCCCGGUGUGCCCGCCGCAUGUGCCCACAGCAAACCCGACGGGCACAUACCGCCGAACUUUCUCUGUGCCACCAGCUUGGAACGAAUCUUCCCAGUUGAGACUCCGAUUUCAAGGCGUAGACAGCAGCUUUCAUGUUUGGGUCAAUGGACAUCCUGUCGGCUACCACCAAGGAUCGCGGAAUCUGACCGAAUUUGACGUUACUGCUUUUGUGACGAGGGAUUCUAUCAACGAGAUCUCUGUGCGGGUUUCUCAGUGGUGCGACGGGUCUUAUAUUGAAGACCAAGAUCAAUGGUGGUUAUCAGGAAUAUACAGAGACGUAUACCUACUUGCGUUUCCCGGAGAGGCUCGCAUUGAGGAUUUCUUCGUGAAGACUAUCCUUGACGAGCAAUAUAUGGACGCAACUCUCUUUGACGCCCAGGACUCUCCACAGGGUAACCAGACUGUGAAAUCAGACACAUUUUCCGUCCAGGCCGACAAGUCAAAAAUUGAUUUAGCUCUUCAAAUUCCUACACCAAGAAAGUGGACCGCUGAGACUCCUACAUUAUAUGGCCUUGAGAUCACCCUCGCUCAAAAGCUCUGGACAAGACCUUGCAAACAAUCGCACAACGUUGGCUUCAGGUCUAUAGAACUCAAAGAUGGUCUAAUGUGUGUUAAUGGAUCGCCUAUCAUUCUACGUGGUGUGAACUGA